GACUCAUAUCAAUUAAAGCGCGCUGAUAGAAUCCCUCUGUUGUGUAACUGCUGAAGUUUUUUCCCAUUCAUUCACUCAUAUUCAGCACGUGAUUUCCUCAGCAAAUAUUCUGAUUAUUUCAUGCCAUUUCCUGUUGAACAGGCAGCAUGCUGCAGGCACUGCGGGCAUAUUUAGGAAGGUAAAUAAAAAUAAAUAAAAAGGUUUUUUGGUCACCCAUGGCACUGCUGAAGACAUGGUAUAUUUUGACAGCUUUUAUUUGGACAAACAGUAUAUGUAGCCUAAAUAUUUUGUUAAAGGGGCGAAGGAAACCCCAAAAGAGGAAACAGUAAGUUGGGUAAGGCUUUCACCCGGAGUGACGCAGCAGAGGAGCGGUUCAUUGUUGCGGUCUGGAGUUUUUGUUGUUGUUCCUGCAGUGAUGAAACCGCAGAAUUCCCGGGGGCUGCUCGUUCUGAUAUCCGUCAGAUCCGUAUUUGUGUGAUAUCAAAUGUUUAAACACUACAUCUGUGAUCAUUAAAUUCGCCUUAAUAAAUAAAGGGCAUUUUGCUCGUGAGCGCUUGCCAAGAAACACUAGACAUUCACGCAAGAAAUAGCAGGAGUUCAAGAAACGUCAAAUUAUUUCCAGUUUGGGGGACGUCUUCACUUUUUUCCCAUAUCCAAAGAACCGGAAACACAGGAGUGCCUUUUUCUUUUUUCUUUCCUUAUUGGUUUUCGCAAUGCAGUGUACGUAAAGACUAAACAGCUCAUGAAAGUUUCCCUAGUUGAACAAUCUCAAUGGGUUUAAAUACCCUAGUAGAAAUCCACUGACCAUGCGCUAAAAUAUUCCAAACACUUUGAACCACAAUGAAGUUUUACCUCAUUCUUGCAGUGCACUGCUGUCUGACGCUGGUGGGUUCCACGCCGCUCCGGAAGCUCGAGCUGACGCGCGCCGUUGAGAGCGGCAUGAGUUUGGCCAAGAAGAUCCUGAGCGACAUUCCCGCAGUGCACGAGGCGUGCGUCAAAACUACGGGUCUGACCCUUUCCGGUGAAGCACAGCACUUGGAGUAUUUAUUAAGCGACAUUGGCAUCCCUGCGCCGCCGGUGCUCAAGUCUGAGGAUCUCACCAUGGAUGUGAGUUUAAAGCGUAUUGUGAGCGGUUUGGACCUACACCACCAACUUCUGCAGGAAAUCAAAGAGCUCUUGACCUCCUCAGAGGAACUGAACCUCCUGCUUGCGGAUAUUAGAGACCUGUCUGCUCAGGUCCACAAGAUGCAAGAGCUGGCCCAGAUUCCCAGCACAGUAUCCCAGAAUGCAGCGUUCGCAGCGCUGUCUCCACGACUCAGCAGUGAUUAUCUGAUCCAAGUGGCCGCUCAUCUUUCUCUUCAGCAGCUGCGCAGCUUUACACAGGAUGUUUUCCGCAGUCUGCGCCACAUUUCCGCAUCCAACUAGAUGACCAGCAGUAACCCAACAAACCAGUCCUGGUUGUAUUUCGUGUUUUCUGUGUAGAAAUGUAUUUUUGUGACGAGUUUGAAUGGGUUAUCCUUACUAAGUUUAAGUUAAACUUUGGAAUAACUGCUGUUUUAAGUGAAUGUUUUAACUGUAAUUUAUUUAAUGUAUUUAAUAUUUAUUUUAAUAUAUGACUUUUAAAUAUUUAUUAUUGUUGCUAUUAUUUUAAUGAUGUUAUAUUGAGUAGUUG